AGAGAGUACUGUAAUCACAGAGAAGAAGAAAGCAUUGUUUAAUCCUCAUUCAUCCUGACAGUAGAAAAUUUUGCUAAUCGGUGGUCCAUAUGGUAUCGCAGUAAGAAAUUUCUAUAUCCAAAAUAAAAUUUCCAUGAAAGGAUCUUAAUUGAUUUUGUUUCCCCAAAGCCCUAAUACCCCCACAUCUACGAGAGAGCUUUUACCAUGCCCUUUCGCAAAGCUUUCUUCACCAUUCUCUCUCACUGCUUCUCCACCGCCACCACCACUAGCACCAGUAUCAGCACCAGGCUUCAGAAACUCCCGCCCCUUUCAAAUAUACACACCAAGUACAAGCCCCAAGCUAUCCAGCAAGCCCAGAAGGCCCUCACGGACUACCUCCACGCCACCAGGUCAUUGCCCUUCACCUACGCCGAGCACAUUGGCAAAAACUCUAUCUUUUCCCUCUCCAAUCUCAUCAGAAAGAUUGAUUACUCGGUCUCAACUUUUCCUAGGAACUUCAGGAGGCUCCUCAGGUACCAUCCAAUCAAUGAAUUUGAGUUUUUCUUUGAAAGCAUAGGCAUAGAUUACAAUGACGUUUCUGGGUUUUUGCCUUCCAAUAAGUUCUUCUUUUCGGAAGAUGGCACCGUUUUGAAUGCUGCUUGUGCUCUUUCUGGAUUUGGGUUUCCAUGGAAUAUGUUGGGGAAAUUGUAUACGGAGGAUACUUCUAUUUUCAGUAAGAGCUCAGCGGAGUUAACAGCUAGACUUUCUAGGAUUAAGGAAUAUGGAUUUAGUAAUCUCUCUGUGGUUGGCUUGUGUUUGGCUUUCCCAAAAUUGUUGAGUGGAGAAGAUGAACUGGGGGGUGAUAUUGAGGCAUUGUUUGGUGAUUUCGAAAGGGUUUUCGUAGAAUUUGGUUUGGGAAAUUGUGUUGAGGGAAAUGUGGAUGCUUGUUAUGAGGUCUGUAGGAAAAUUCGGGUGUUUUAUGAUUUAGGUUGUCAGAAGGGCAAGGUAGGGGAAUUGAUGAGUAGGAAGAAAAUCCUUUUUCUUGAAUGUUCAGAAGAGGUUUUGGUACAAAAAGCAGACUACUUUUGCAAAUUUGGUAUUGGGAAGGGUGAAGUGGGUUUGUUGCUUCUUCAGAGUCCAGAAAUUUUGAAUCUUGAUUUGGAAACUCCAGUAAUCUCAGUGUUGGGAUUCUUGCAACAUUUUGGACUGAGCAAAGAAGAAUUGCAAUCUGUUAGGCAAAAAUACUCCCAUGUGUUAGGAAGAAAUAAAAUGGUCAAUUUACCUCAUUCGAUAAGGGCUCUGGAUCUACAAGAUUGGUUUUUCAAUAAGAUUACAUGUUCACAUGAGUUAUUAGCAACUUAUGCAAUCGGCGAUCCAAAUGAAGAUAUAGACCAAGGGUUUAUAAAUGGGUUGAAAAGGAUCCAAUCUACCAGAACCCCCAUUCAUACAAUGAAUAAAUUGAAUUUCUUGCAUGGAAUUGGGUUUGGAGAGAAUGCUUUGACUAUGAAGGUCUUAACUCAUAUGCAUGGCAAUAGUAGUGAGUUACAAGGACGGUUUGAUUGCCUUCUCAAUAGAGGUAUCAAAUUCUCCAAACUGUGUACUAUUUUAAGAAUGACUCCGAAGAUCUUAAGUCAAAAUCCAGAGAAUCUAGAACAGAAGGUCAAUUUUCUGUGUCAAGAAAUGGGAUCCUCUUUGCAGUACCUAGAUAUUUUCCCAGCAUUUUUGUGUUUUGAUCUGGAGAACCGAAUUAAACCCAGAUACAGAUUUCAUGUGUGGCUCACAGAGAGGGGCUUGUGUAGCAAAAACUACUCAAUUGCAAGCAUGAUUGCUACUAGUGAAAAGAGCUUUGUAUCACGCCUUUCUGGAAUUCACCCAGCUGCUCCAAAGCAAUGGUUGGAGUGUUUCUUAUACAAAAGAUAUUAAUGGUCGCCAAGAAGAGACUUCUCUGAUUUAAGUCUUUAACCUUGCAUUCACAAUGUAUAUGUUCAUUCUAACAAAGUGUGUGCUUGCAAUCUUUGAUGUGCAAUUUGAAAGUGCUGUGAAUUCAUAUGAUUGAGACUGAGUGUAAUUUUAUUGUGUCUUGUACAUAUGUGACCAUUGUGAUAACUUUGUAUUAAUUCCGGCAACAAAGAUUUUGAUGCAGAAAUAAUCAUUCUUUUUGUACAUGUACAUUUCAUUUUAAUUCUCUCUCGGCAGAGUGGAUAGAGUCUCUCUGCUAUAAGAAGUUAGAAGCAUUGUAACUCAUACAAUUAGGAAUAAAGCUGCAGGUUGAUGGAGAAGGAAGCUGGAAAGUUAUAAUUUAUAUAUGUAUAUAUCCAUCGGAUUGAUAUAAAAGAUGGGAUUUAAAAGGCU